AUGUCUAUGUUUCGAGCUAAGAAACUCGACUUAGGAUGCUUCAUAAAUAUUAAAGUCAUUCGUGACCAUACCAAGCGGAAAGUGUUCGCCGAGAAUGAGACUGAAAGACAGGCCCUUCGCUACAUAAUCCGCAACCUCUCACUACCCCCUCGUGUUCGUUUCCAAGCACAACUGGAAUUGACACAAAUGCAUUGUUAUACAAGACCAACUCAAAUCAGGAAUAGAUGUAUUCUUGGAGGCAAGGGAAGAGGUAUCUUGAGUGAUUUCAAGAUGUCGAGGUACAAUUUCAGAAUGAAUGCGCUAUCGGGAGAUCUACCAGGUGUCAAGAAGGCUAGUUGGUAA